AUGUCUGAGGCACAUAAAGACUCUGACAAAGAAAAUGUUGCCGUCUACCCAUACAAUACGGAGACAAAUGUGGGCGAAGCCGGUUACUUAAAUCUUGUCCGACGCGUACUAACUGAGGGUGUUCUGAGAGACGACAGAACAGGUACUGGUACUUGGUCAAUAUUCGGUCCUCAGAUGCGUUUUGAUCUUCGCAACGGCCACUUUCCACUUCUAACUACUAAACAGACAUUCUUUAGGGGUAUUCUUGAAGAACUACUGUGGUUCAUUCGCGGAUCAACUGAUGCAAAAGAACUUUCAGCUAAAAAGGUGAAAUUCUGGGAUGCAAAUGGUUCUCGUGCUUUUUUGGACCAGUUAGGCUUUACUGAGCGCGAAGAAGGCGAUUUGGGACCGGUGUAUGGUUUUCAGUGGCGUCAUAGUGGUGCGGAUUAUGUUGACUGUAAAACGGAUUACACGGGUGAGGGUUUUGAUCAAUUAUCUAAUUGCAUCAAGCUCAUCCGUGAAAGGCCUUGGGAUCGCCGUAUUCUAAUUGUUGCUUGGAAUCCAAGAGGCAAGUUCGAAUUAAAUCUGCAGAAAAUGGUUCUUCCACCAUGUCAUUGUUUGGUGCAAUUCUACGUCGCAAACGGGGAACUUUCGUGCAUGCUGUAUCAACGAUCUGGUGAUAUGGGUCUGGGAGUACCUUUCAACAUCGCCAGCUACUCUCUGCUCACCCUGAUGAUCGCCCAUAUCACAGGUCUGAAACCUGGGGAAUUCAUCCACACUAUUGGUGACUGUCACGUCUAUACAAAUCACAAGGAGCCUCUUUUGCAACAGCUCAAGAGGGAGCCAAAAGAAUUCCCCAAACUGGUGAUCAAACGAGAAGUGAAGGAAAUUGAUGAUUUCGUUGCAGAGGAUUUCGAACUGGUUGGCUAUAAUCCACAUCCAAAGAUUGCAAUGGAAAUGGCCGUCUAA